GUGAAAAUGUCCACUUUUACCAAUGGUACAAACUGGCAACCUUUGACCCGGAACUGAAGUGUGCUACACCAAACAAAACAUGGCUGCUUUGGAACGUCAAGAAGACGUGGUGGAGUAUUUCCUCUACCCUGUACCGGGGAAAACAGGGCAGGAGAAGGGCGACGGCGGCUCAGGACUAGAGGAACAGGCAGACAAGAUCCUAGCCCAACUCAGUCCGCUGUUAGUUGACUAUAUCUGGCAGAAAGAGCCGUUUAACUUGAGAGCAGUACAGGCGAAAGGUGACCACCCCCCACACCUGCAUGGUAGGACCCAUUUUGGAGACAACAUAGAGGAUGAGUGGUUUAUAGUCCACCUGCUGCUGCAGAUCACAGCGUCAUUUCCUGACUAUAUCGCAAGAGUCCAGGACAACGAUGGGCAGUUCCUGCUGAUUGAGGCAGCGGAGCACCUUCCCCGAUGGCUGACACCCGACACCAGUCACAACAGGGUGUUCCUGUUCCAUGGGCAGGUGCACAUCAUCCCCCAGCCUCGCUCCCCAGCAGAGAUCGCCUGUGUUCCUGCGGGAACUCCCUCGCUGCGGCAGGCGCUCGAUAUCGUGUCCCGCUACCCCGGCCUCACGGUCGCAGGCAGACCUACGCAGGACGCCAUCAUUAACAGGAUAGGCAGCUACCCUGAGAAGAUGAGUUCAAACUUCCACCACGCCCACUGUUACCUGCCUGCUGGGGUGGUGACUGUCCUGCACCGCUCACCUGGUCUGGUGGCACCGGCUGUGCAGGCAUUCUAUGAGAGGGACCCUCUGGACACGAAGGCUUGUCGGACCAUGAAGCACUUCCCUACGGACACCUGUGUCAAGGCACGGGUUCGGUUCACCCGAUGCCUGUACAGUCAGCUGCUGCAGCAGAGGUUCACACCAGACAAGCGCAGCGGCUGGACACUCCCGCCCCCCUCCCACCCUGAUCACCCUGCAUGGGACCUGGGUGUUAAACUGGCCUGUGGGUUUGAGAUCCUGUGCUGUAGAAGUCCAGGAGACUCUGAGGAAAGUUCUUCCCACAUCAGUGAUGUGCGAUGGCAGAGAUACCUGGCAUUUCUGACAGAGAAGGGCUACUUUCAGUCAGAGCUGGAAGGGUCCAAGAGGUACAAAGAACUGUUAGAGUCUGCCCGAAGGCACUAUCAGGAGACUGUGACGGCCAGCUGUGACAGGAGUAUGGACCAUGGUCAGGAGGUGCUGAACAUCCUCAGGACCUGCACCUGGGACCUGAAACAGCUGCAGGCAGCUGCCAAGCACCUGAAACCUCCAGAUGGUACACACAUAUGUUCUUUACUUGGGGAAUAUGGGUAAUAUCAGCUUCUUUCAGGUCUUGUCAAACAAGGAUUAAGCAAUAGAAAAAUGCCACUUAUUGAACCGUUGGUUGUUUUCAGAAUGGAUGAAGACCAGCCUGUGGACUUUGAUGUGGACUCCUUCAGUCAAGCCAUGGAGAGAAUACUCGGCUUGACCAAUGGGAGGAUAGAUGAGGAUGAUGAUGAUGAUGAUGAUGGUCUGAUGGAGUCUGAGUCUGACAGCUCCGAGGAGUCGGAAGAUGAAGGGGAGUAUGAGAUCGGUGCAGCCGGUACAGAGGACGCUGCCAUGACAGACUACAUGGACCAGAUGGACCAAGAGCUGGCCACAACUCACGUCGGGAAGAGCUUCGAAAAGGAACCUAAACAGGCAAAACCCACUCCUCCAAAAGACCUCCCCAUGGACAGCACCAACAGCAGUAAACAUCAUGGAGACCAGGCAGGUGACGAUGAUGAUGAUGAUGAUGAUGAUGAUGUCACGCCUGUGAAUGUUGACUUGAACUUGGUGAAGAACCUUCUGGAGUCGUACAGCUCCCAGCAGGGUCUGGCCGGACCUGCCACAAACAUCCUCGGGUCCAUGGGGGUUAAACCGCCUGAGGAUGCGGAUGAACUGGACUGAUGAGGCAAAAUCAUGAAUUCCUUCUGCUAUAGCUUUCAGAGACUGCAAAUUUUGCAGACAGUAUAGUUUGCUCAAAUGUACUGAAUCUAUCUUGUGCCACAAGUAACAUCUUUGGCUCCAGAAGAUGCAGAUGAGUUGAACUGAUGGAAAGCUGUGAAUUGUGCAAGUCCUCUGUAAAAACUCAGACACUGCAAAGUUUUUGCAAAGGCAGCAUAUCUUCCAUGAGUUUCUUGGCCAAGCUUGUUCUCACAGUAACAUCCUUGGCAUCAUUCAUAGAAUCCAUGAGCUGGACUGAUUGAAAGCCCAAGGCUUCUGUGCUGUGAUUUUGGCAGAUUUUCUGGCUCUGGUUAAUCUGCUAGUAACAUCCUCCAUACCAUGGGAGGUUAAACCUCCAGAGGAUGCAAAAAAAAAUAAACGAUAUAGAGCCAUGAGUUGCCAGAGGGCUGCUCAGUGAUAAGUCAAAACUGAAGAACACACAAAGAGUGUAAACUUCUCAAGAUAGCACACAUGUACUUACUAUUAUCAUGCUUUUGCCCCUUUAUACAUCUUGGAGAGGGCAAAGAUUGAAAUUUGUGCUAAAACAAUGGAUAAGCGGACGGUAUGAGACCAAAAGCUAACACAGAAUAUUUGACUGUACAAAGAAGUCACAAAGCUCUGCAGAGGUUGUACAAUACCCCUACUGCAUGUGCCCUAAUGUGUUCUUUGUGGUAGAAGUUAAGGCUUGCAAUCUGCCUAUUUGAAGAUUGAAAGCAUAUAGCUAGAGGGACUACCUUAUCAUGAAUUAUUUCAGCGAUUGCCCGUUUUUGGCAGAUUAAGACUAAUAUGGCAGCUGUUCCCACAAGUAUAUUUUCUGAUGGGGAAAUUUUUACUUAUUACUCUGGAACAAUGAUGUAUAUAACUGCACAACUGUUUUCUCCUAGCUAAGCAAUAAUUCUAGGCGAAUAAGGACAUUGCCUGUUAUCAAAGUGUUCUGCAUUUUUGCUGCAAAGAAAUCUGGCUAUAGGAAAGAAGGUAACGUUACAUGUAUGUCCAAAUUGUGAAUUCUAAAAAAACUGUGCAUAGUUUAUGUCAAAUAAUGUAUAUCUUUGGAUAGAAAGUGUUUUGAUAAAUAGAGGUCUAGGAAAAUUUAUUUUUCAGCAGGAGCAAAAUAUAUGUACUCAAGUCUGUGUUUAAUGCCAUAGCUGUCUUGAAUGUGUACAUGCUCUCCCAAUGGCAAUGUGUUGCAGCUUAUGUCAUAAUUAAAGUGUUGGCAGUCAUUGACAGCUAU